AGCAAGGCUCAAUCUCAGUCUUACAGCUGUUGGCAAGAAACGAGGACAACCACCAUGAUGCAGCGGACUCUGUUCAAGCGGAGUGCUGGGCUUCUAGCCCAGCAGGCGGCCACUGCUGCCGCUGCCACCCUCGACAGUCCACUAACCGCCAGGAGCGCACCUCUGCUGCAGCGCCUGGACCGCACCAUGUCCUCUGUCACCAUACCGCCGCCGGCGUGCAUGCUGCGGCCACUGGAGGCGCCUCUGCGUCGUUUGUUCGGACCAGGACCCUCGAACGUCCCCCCGCGUGUUUUAGCUGCGGGGGCCAAGCCGAUAAUUGGUCACCUGCAUCCAGAAAUGUAUGAGAUCAUGAAUGACAUUAAGAAGGGGAUCCAGUACGCCUUCCAGACCGAGAACAACAUGACAAUCUCAAUGAGCGGGUCCGGUCACGCCGCCAUGGAGUGUGCGGUGUUUAACGUCGUGGAGCCCGGGGAGAGUGUCCUCGUCGCCAUUAACGGGAUCUGGGGCGAGCGAGUUGCAGAAAUCGCAGAAAGAAUGGGUGCAAAUGUACAUAGAAUGGUGAAAACGCCCGGUGGAUAUUUCAGCAAUCAAGAAAUUGAACAGGCAAUAGAGAAACACAAGCCGGUCCUGUUUUUCCUAACACAUGGAGAGUCAUCGGCUGGUCUAUGCCACCCCAUGGACGGCAUUGGGGACAUCUGCAGAAAAUAUGAUUGCCUCUUCCUUGUCGACACCGUUGCGUCACUCGGGGCAGCGCCCAUUUUCAUGGACCAGCAAAACAUUGAUAUCCUGUACACGGGCUCUCAGAAGGCCCUGAACGCACCGCCUGGCACAGCACCCAUCUCUUUUAAUGACAAAGCAUGCCACAAAAUGUUUAACAGGAAAACGAAACCAGUCUCCUACCUCUUUGACAUGUCGCAUUUGUCCAACUACUGGGGUUGUGACGGUAAACCAGCCAGAAUGUAUCACCACACUGGCCCAGUGUCUGGGUUCUUCACCUUAAGAGAGAGUUUGGCGAUUCUUGCUGAAAAGGUAAGGGGACACUUUAUUCCGGGAUGCAGGAGAACCUUUGUUUACAUUCUAAACCGGGGGUCUGCAACCUGUGGCUCUUUAGCGCUGCCCAAGUGGCUCCCUGGAGCUUUUUCAAAAAUGUAUAAAAAUAGAAAAAAAUAUAUUUUUGUUUUAAUAGGGUUUCUGUAGGAGAACAAUAUGACA